AAAUGAGCCACAAAAACGAAGACAUCAAGAAACGACGAUGAGCUUCACUGCUUCUCUCAUCUCUUCUUUGACGUCUCCCUCACUCGUCUCGCUCAACCAUCUUCCUCCUUCCUUCUUCCUCCAAACCAAACUUGUCAAGCCAACAAGCCUUACUCAUUCACAGCUUCCUGGAUUGUCCGCAUCCUAUGGUCCGGCUGCAAAAGCUGCGACAGCCAACGACGUUGUUCCCGAAACAGCUCCGAGAGCGGCAUCAGAGGUCGUCUCCAGCUUCUAUGCCGCCAUUAACGUCCAUGAUUUAUCCUCUGUCACAGACCUCAUCGCUCAAGACUGCGUCUACGAGGAUCUCGUCUUCUCAUCUCCUUUUGUUGGCCGAAAGGCAAUUCUAGAUUUCUUCGGUAAAUUCAUUGAAUCAACAAGUACGGAUCUGCAAUUCGUGAUAGAUGACAUUUCAACAGAGGACUCUUCAGCUGUUGGAGUUUCAUGGCAUUUAGAAUGGAAGGGAAAGAAUUUCCCAUUUAGCAAAGGUUGCAGCUUUUACCGGUUAGAGGUGAUUGAUGGGAAGAGACAGAUCAUAUAUGGAAGGGACUGCGUCGAGCCUGCAAUCAAACCUGGAGAAACAGUUCUGGCUGCUAUAAAAGGAGUUACCUGGCUGCUGCAGAAAUUUCCUCAACUGGCUGACCAAUUCUGAUGUAACUAUAACGGUCUUGCUUGAUGACGUGAAUCAGCUCACAAAUAUAGGUUUUCUUUAUGG